GAUGUUCUCGGAGGAGUGAAUCUUGAAUGAACCCAUCCGAUCGGUCUCGAAGCGUUGACCCCAAAGACUUGCAUUGAUUCAGAUCGCCGAUAGCACCUGCUCUCUGGGCUUCAAGAACAGAAGCGGCGAGUGAAAGUGUUCUUACGGCAUCUGGAGUGUCUGUGGACCGCCAGAGUGGUCAGUGGAACACCAGCACCCAUUCAGAAGUACCACGAGCUCACGGUAAGGCACCCGCACGUGCAAGUUUGAAUUUUUCGUAUUUGGACAACAAGUUUUACGUGUCCUAUAAAUGCACUAUGAGAGGUAUCCGGUUUUGUCUUGUCGCGGUUUUUGUCGUUAGUGUAUGCGCGCCCUGUGUUUUUGGGGUUUCGUCGAGACUGCCCCGAACCAGUGCCGGGUUUAACAGGACCAAUUUCAAGAGGAAUAUCCAGACUUCGGCUAGGGCUAGUACUACUAGUUCCAUUCCGCCUGUUUUGAAAGAUAAUGGGGGUGAAGAUGAUGGUAAAGUUAGAGAACGCUACCUCUUCGAAUUCUUCGAAGCCCUGAUCUCAACUUUGGACACCAAACUCCAACGUAUAGAAAACCUAGACAAAGCCGUCGAGCAUUUGAUGCGCAAAGUGGAAUCCUUGAGCACCAGAGUAUCUGGCAACAUCGAAAAAACCGAGAUUGUCCUAUCCAAACUGGAAAACCUGGAUUCCAGGUUGUUUAGGGCCCAACCAAGCUCAUACUUCUCCAACACUGAAAGGCCGGAACCCAACAUCGACAAGAAAUUGCAGAAUUUGGAAACUAAAGUUGACGGUAUCGAUGGCAAAUUGAACGACCUCAAGAACCACUUCGAUGGCAAUGGGAACUCCUUCUUGCCCAACGAUGAGUUCAACGCAGAAGCCAGCGAGAAGAAACCCGUUCACAUGAACGUUGUGGAAAUAACCAAAGCUCUGAACACUGAGGUAAUCAACCACGUGUCCAAAGAACUUGGACAACUCCGAGAAUCCACCAGCAAUAUAGAUCGCAAGCUGCAGUUCCACAUAAACCUGGUGUCCGACAAUCUGGGCAAGAUGCUCCAUCGCAUCACCGACAUCCACCACGCCAUCAUUGACUCAUAUUCCUCCAACCACACCACCACCACGACAACCACCCAAAGCCCUAUAGAGGAGAGGAUAGCCAAGAACAACAAGAUAGACGCUCUGACAGAGCAGAUCAAGCCGAUAGUGACGGUUUCUGAGAAGAUCCAGGAGGUUUGGAACGUGGUGGUGGGCACCAAGAGUUCCGUGGACAACCUGCUGCCCAAAUCUGACGAGUUGCUUUCGCAGACUCACAGACAGGAGCGCGCCAUCGGGGAGAUACAUAGUGAUUUGAAGUCUAAGACGAAUAAGAUCAUCGCCAACUUGGAUAAGGUGGAGAGAAGGUUGAAGAAGCAGGAGAACGAUGUUGCUAAUCUAGCUCAAGGUCCUGUGCGUGCUGAGCUGUUGUUGGACCCUACGAUUGAUAGGUUGAUCGAGUUUGAUCCUAAGAGAUACGUGGAGGAAUACCCUGAGACUAGCACAGAAUCCUACACCACAUUCUAUCCAACCCUAGCGUUCAAUCCACAAAACAACAUCGUAACGCUCAACCAAAGCGCAGCAGCUCCUUCUCUAACCUCUCAACCACUUCAGACCACAACGACUCCCACUGAUAAAAAGAUCGAAAAGAGGAAGGAUGGAGUGAUAUUCCCCAGCAUCAAAAACAAACCAGGACCAGCCAACACAACCUUUGCCACUGAGUUACUCGAUUUGUCGAAAGACGUGAAGGGAUAUUCUUGCGUCGAUCUAUUGAAUGCUGAGAUGAGAAAAUCUGGUGUUUAUUAUUUGCAAAUCAGGGGCACAACUUACUGGUUCUUGAAGGUUUAUUGUGAACAACAGAUAGCUGAUGGUGGAUGGACGGUCAUACAAAGGAGGGAUGAUUUUGGCGAUCCUAGGGAGAAUUUCAAUCGAGAUUGGAACGAUUACAAAAAUGGUUUCGGUGAUCCAGCCAAAGAAUUUUGGUUGGGAAAUGAGAAUAUCUACAUGCUCACGAACAACGAAGAGUACAUCUUGAGAGUGGAAUUGGAGGAUUUCGAAGGAAACAGAAGGUAUGCCCAAUAUUCCCACUUCAAGAUAUAUUCGGAAGCAGAGUAUUAUAAAUUGGAAAUCGAUGGAUAUGAAGGUACUGCAGGUGAUUCUUUGAACGAUCCAUGGUAUGGAAGCAACAACAGUCCAUUUUCAACAUAUAACAGAGAUAAUGACAGAUCAAGUUUGAACUGCGCUUCCAUGUUGAAAGGUGGUUGGUGGUGGAAGUCAUGUGGUCGAGGAUUGAAUGGAUUAUAUUUGAACGAUCCUCAAGAUCUAACAGCAAGACAAGGUAUUGUAUGGUUCAGAUGGAGGGGAUGGGACUAUACCUUGAAGAAAGCGAUGAUGAUGAUAAAGCCCAAAGGUUUUAUAUCGUCAUCAAACUGACCACCCAUCAUUAGUCUAAAUUCUAAAGAAUUUGUUGUAUAUAAAUAAUUACAUAAUGUAUAUUUUCACGGAAAAACACUUUUUUAAAAUUUGUUUUUUCGUGUGGAAUUCGUCAAUGCUGAAGAAUAGAAUUUGAUAAGGACUUUCGAUCAUGAUACUCGAUGAUAUUCUAAGCAAUAUGAUGAUUAUCUAAGUAGGAAGAUUUAGAGACUGAUGCGCGAGAAUCGAAGAAAUAAACCUAAUUUUGUCCACAUCUACAUAAAAUAUUCACUUGCCCCACUAACGUUUUGCAUAAGUGUUGACACUUUACCACAUAAAAACAGUAUUGACUUUGUGUAACUAGAUUAAGAUGUACUUAGCAAAUAAUUUAGGUACUGUCGACAACGUAAAUAUUCAAGAAAAAAAAAUUAAGGUGAUCGCGAGCGCCUUUUAAAAAUAUCCUGAAGACAUAUAAAGAAACUAAACCAAUGUAUACCUAGCGAUAAGUAGAUACCGCUUAUUUAUUUUAUUUUUUCUGUAGUAAAGGGAGAAUUAUGAAAAGAGUCUUUUGUUAAAAUUUUUGUAAAAUACAUAUUUUAUAAAAUGAA